UCAUUUCAUUUCAUUUGGAGUUCAUUUGAGUUUUAUUUCGUUUCCAUCAUUUGUUAUCAGUCCUACACACAACACAAACGAUAACCAAAUCUAUGCACACAUACAACACACAGACGCUCACAUAGUCACAUAUAUACAUCCGCCUCUUCUGUAUCUAUCUAUAUAUCUCAGGUGAUCGGCCGGCAAAUCAAUUUCCUUCUUUGGCGUAUUUAAUUUUUGAAUCUCCGGUUCGAACUUCGGAUCGAGGUGCUGAAAAAUUCAACAGCUGAAAAGAGUAAAAGGGGGUUUUUGUGUUGUUUUUUGUUCUUAAUUAAAAAAAUGCCGGGACAUGGGGAUUUGGAUAGGCAAUUAGAGCAAUUGAUGGAGUGCAAGCCGCUAUCAGAGGCGGAGGUGAAGAUUUUGUGCGAUCAAGCGCGGGCGAUUUUGGUGGAGGAAUGGAACGUGCAGCCGGUGAAAUGCCCUGUUACUGUGUGCGGCGAUAUCCAUGGCCAGUUCUACGAUCUGAUCGAGCUUUUCCGGAUUGGUGGCAAUACUCCGGACACGAAUUACCUCUUCAUGGGUGACUACGUUGAUCGUGGGUACUACUCAGUGGAGACUGUCUCACUCUUAGUGGCUCUGAAAGUCCGUUAUAGAGACAGAAUCACAAUCCUUAGAGGAAAUCAUGAAAGCCGACAAAUCACUCAAGUGUAUGGGUUUUAUGAUGAAUGCUUGAGGAAGUAUGGCAAUGCCAAUGUGUGGAAGUAUUUCACCGAUCUCUUUGAUUAUCUCCCGUUGACAGCACUAAUCGAAAGUCAGAUCUUCUGUUUGCAUGGAGGUCUUUCACCCUCCCUUGAUACCUUAGACAACAUUCGAGCUUUAGACCGUAUACAGGAGGUCCCACAUGAAGGACCAAUGUGUGAUCUCUUAUGGUCUGACCCGGACGACCGUUGCGGUUGGGGAAUAUCACCACGUGGGGCCGGUUACACCUUUGGACAGGACAUAGCUGCUCAGUUUAACCACACCAAUGGUCUCACUCUAAUUUCAAGAGCCCACCAGCUUGUCAUGGAGGGUUUCAACUGGUGUCAGGACAAGAAUGUGGUGACAGUUUUCAGCGCUCCAAACUAUUGUUACCGAUGUGGGAACAUGGCUGCGAUUCUUGAAAUUGGGGAGAAUAUGGAGCAGAAUUUCCUCCAGUUCGACCCUGCACCUCGGCAGAUUGAACCAGACACAACGCGCAAAACUCCAGACUAUUUUUUGUGAACUCUCAGGUGCAGUUAUUUUACUGUAGAUGUGUUUGUCUUAAGAGAAAAAAGGAUUGUUGUUUGAGGAUUAUAAUGUCUACAUCAUUCUUUUGUUUUGGGGUUUGCUCUACUCCUCGAUUUGGUUAUGUGCUCAAGAUAUUUGACGGAGGGUUUACGCGACCAUCGAGUAUUUUCUCUUUGUAUAUUUAUUUUAUCUUUUUUUUUUCUUGGGAGAGGAGAAAAAGGAAUGAUGGCAUGGUAUAUUGAUGUUCUGUAAUUUAUUUUGUCCUUGGAAUUGUAGGAAGCAGUUUUUCUAA